AGCCCGCCUGAAUUGUUUUUUGCGCGAAAAGUCGGUCGGUACCCGAACGGCCGUUUAAGAAGUGUGAAGUUUGAUGCGAGUCAAAAUUUGUUCCUUAAAAGUUUCACUCUGAGUCGUAACUGUCAGGAGGGACGACGAUGGGUCCCAGCAUGCUAAACCUGCUUCGGGUGAACGAGCACUUUCGUGUGUCUGUGAACGACGGGCGGGCGUGCGCGCUGACCUAUUCCGUCCUCAAGAAUCUCCACAGCCGGGCUGCAAACGAAUACAUCAUCCGAAACGAAGGUGAAGAAGCUUCCCCACUUGCCUGCACCAACUUUUCAGAGCCAGACCUCCGCGACCUCCUGGCAGUGGCCGACGAGGAUGGUACGGUGCACAUGUUACGGACCCAUCAGCCUGGCAACCGCCUUGCCUUGGAGACCUCUUUUCAGGCACAUGAGAACGCAAUCUUUGACAUGUGCACGAGGCCUGGGCGGCGGCAUCUUGCCACAGCAGGUGGAGACCUGGCCAUUACUCUCUGGGACCUUGACCACCAGACGGAAGUGUCGAGGUUCAAAGCACACACGGGCAGCGUCAAAUGUGUGCACUUUCUUCCGGGGCAGUCUGAUGUGUUUGCAUCGGGAUCCCGAGAUGGCGCCGUGAUGGUCUGGGACACUCGCUGCUCUGAACCUCAGGUGACCAUCCCCAGGGCACACUGCACGGCUGCCGGACCCUUGCCCAGCAAUAGUAGAAACAUCAUUGGCCGAAAGGUGCUUAAUACACCGUGUAGCGUGACUGCCUGUGCAUUCCGCGACGAGCACUACUUGGUUACGUGCGCAGCCAACAAUAGGGAAGUGAAGGUGUGGGACUUGCGGAAGAACUACCAGCUCUUCAAGAACGACCCCCGGCCAGUCACAGCCUUUCCCUAUGCAGGGCGGAGCAAGGCCAUUCACGGCUACACCAGCAUGGUGCUGGACCAGUCCAGAAGGCGCGCCUUUGUGAACUGCACAGACCACAACAUCUACGAGUUUGACCUGCUGGCCAGCAACACGUCCGAACCCUUGAGGACUUACUGUGGACACAGUAUAAAGAGCUUCUAUGUCAAGCUGGCCCUGAGCUGCGAUGGCCGUUACCUGGCCAGUGGCUCUUCGGACUCGGCAGCGUACAUUUGGCAGGUGGGCUCUCCAGGGUUUCCCAAGCUGCGGCUUCCCGGCCACGAAGGUGAAGUGGCCGUACUUGCCUGGGACGCCUCUCACCCAGCCAGGUUGGCCACUUGCGGGGAUGACUUUCGGGUGCUGCUCUGGGAUGCAGCAGGCGGGGAAGACACGGCGGUGGACUGUACACGUGCUGAGGUCUUCACAUUUAUAGAGAGCGCAGAUCCACCGGUCAGCGCAUCACCCAGUUCGUCCCGGCUUGUACCUCCACACCCUUCCACGUGCAGCCUUCGGACACCGACGAGGAGGAAGGCGUCGGUGGCUGACUGGCUCACACCGCCCACCAAGCGCAGGCUAACUGGUGCUGCCAGCACGACACCGGGGGCUUGGGGGCACGGUCCACGCGUGGAGUGCGAUGCAGUGUCGCCGGAUGGUGACUCGCUGCCACGCCCGUCUCCUCCUGCCGAUCUCGUGCUCUCCCCGAGAAAGAAGGUCGACAACGCAUUUAACCUACCUCAGCGGCGCUUGCUUCCCCACCUCAACGCCCUCGAAAAUGGCACAGAGAAAGACGCCAGUGUGCCAGACUCGACGGCGUGCGACCUGGAAAACUGGCCACUGCAGGCGCUAGAAACGCCGCCACGGCCUGCGGCGUCUUCCGAGACGAAGUUGUCCGCUCCAAGCGCAUCGCGCAGCCGCAAGCAGCACAAGGUCAUGACAAGGCUCUUCAAGAGACAGACGCUCUCUGCUGUUGACAAGGGAAAGAGCAAGGCAAAGAGGGUGCUGCUGAGCACGCAGCAGCAAAUAACAUCUUUCUUCAAACGUUGACAACAGAGCAACGCCUGGCUCGCAUCAUCGCUGCUCGUGCCAGUUUUCCCUGCUGGCUAGCCACUCACUGCCACUGUUGCAAACAGGUCAACAGGAGUUACCUCCUCACUGCUGGAGUGGACUGACGACUGUAUGCUCGACAAGCCUCCCUGCAAUUUUAAUGUCGGGCCAAACAGAGUGCCAACUUUACCUAGUGAACAAAAUGAGAAGUGUAGUACUUUGUUGCAUUGUUUUUACCCCUUGUGUUUUUAUGACGAACUUUUAUGUGACAUGUAUAUGGCAGCACCAGCCAACGACAACGAAUUCUUUGAGCUAAAGACUGUUUUUGAUGAUAUGGAAAAGAAAAGCAAGGAGGCUUCGUGUCUUAGUGUUUUUAUUGUUUUAAAAUUUCACGUUGCGGCAUAUAACGUGGGUGCUCUGGUAUGGCAUUUAGAAUACCGUUUUCUUGACCUUCCCUUUCUUGUAGUGCUGUAGGUACAGUUACUGUGUAUUCUUGUAUAAGGGUCGCUUUUCUUUUUAAAUAUGCUGGCUCGGAUGUGCCACAUGUAAGGUUGCACGAUGAAAAAUCUGCUGGGCUUUUCACACAAAAUGUGAACAGUGUGUUUCAGUUGAUAGCACCUGCAUACAUAUUGGGUGGCAUCGAUGUUUAGGGGCGCAGUCCUUGCACAUGAGUACAUAGACUGUGGCAUUGGUUGUUCAUUGUGCAAUGUUGGUAAGUGUAUUAUGUUGGACUGGAUCAGAGAGCUUGUUCACAGGGUCAUGACCCGUGUUUUGACAUAUCAAGGUUUGUCUUAAAAGGCUUAAAAGUUCUAAAAUAGAUACUACUGUGUUUUUUUGCCUGAAACUUGGUAAAAGCCACAGCUGGUUACAGCAAGUGGCCUUAUAAUGCACUAACUGCCUAAGUACUGGUAAUUUGUAGCUUUUCAGCAAUAGUUUUCACAUCUCCCAUUUAUUUCUACGGCACCUGCAGGUAGGGAUUUGCAACAAAAGCGUAAUUCCCGAUUUUUUGUCAUGCAUGAAAAAUAUCCUUAUCUGAGAAAGAAAUUUUCAAAGACGCAAAGAAAAUUAUGAUCAAUGCAGCAACAUACUUUUACAGUAUAAAUCUUUCAAAGCGCUUUUUGUAGUUUCGUCAAAAUUGGCGUGCAAGCACUUUCCCUCAGUUAACACAGAAAUUGUCCAAAAAUUUGGCACUAAGGUUCUCCAGAAUAGCAAGCACUGUGAAAUUUCUGCGAUUGUGACAGCGAUGGCAGUCUGACAAGUGCAUCAUCUUAAAUCCGGGUCACACUGGGCACUUUCAAUUGCGAUUGAAUUUCUCAACUGCGAUGGGCUCCCUCUCACAGCUUGCGCAAAGGAGCCAAUCAAGAUUGAGUAAGUCAAGCUGGAUUGCGCUAAAUCACGAUGAAAAGUGCUCCGCAUGUUUCUGGUCCCUCGUGGUGUCCAUACGUAAGCUCGACGUCUAACUUGUCCGAAUUAAACAGCAUGUUGUGCUGUAGAAUAAUGCAGUAAAAUUAAUGUAUAGCAAGCUCGCAAAAUAACUGCAAGCUUUAUUUACUUCAUAAUUGUGAAUCUUAAGUUACGUUAACUUUACCAUUAAAAAAUGCCCAACUUUGUGUGCCCCCCAAAGUUGCUCAUUUAUGAAGAAAGACAUCGACUGUGUGAAGAGUGUCCCGAAGUUGUGAAAUGGUGUUUUCUGACCAGCAUACAUACAACCACGCAUAUUGCACCAGCAUAUUGAUGCGAAAAUAUUUUUUGAGGUGCUGUGGGGCAUAGCAUGUCUUCAUAGCGUGUCUUUGUGUACAGCUGUGUUGUUGGGAAUCCAUGUAAUACACAUGCAUGGUGCAAGGAAAUCUUCUUUAUUUCUUUGUUCCGUGCAAGCGAGCCAUAUCAUGCAGUCUAUUGGUGUUACGUGGAGUUCGAUCUAUCAGCUGUGGAUCCAACCUUUGUCCUAUGUAAACAAAUAUUUUGCCAUCUUGCAGCUUCUCAGUGUUCUGAAAUUCAGUAUACAUGUAAUACUGAUAAGAUUUCCCUUGUUUGAGAGGGUUUGACUGAUCUUUCAGCAUAUUGGUCUGCAUUACUGUAAAAGAAAUGUCAUACAAGUGAAGUUGUGUUAACACUGUCCCACAAGAUAGUGUCUUAUUCACCUAUCAGUUUUAAACAUUGCAUUCUUUUAUGUGCUCAUGUCAUUCAUUUUGUGCCUGCACAAGUAAACAAGUUUUGCUUGCGCAGUAACAUUUGUUCCAUAAAUGUUUUCAUUACUGCAUGUGACAAUAAACAUAAAGAAUCUGCUUUUGUCUGCAUCAAUGUUUGUGCCAA